GCUGGUGGACCCUUCCCCAAGGGGCAUGAAGGAAAUGAGGACCCCACAAGCCACAUGGACUCUGAUGCCUGAAGCCAAGAAUACCCCUUAGGGUGGGAGAAAGCGACCCCGGGGCACUGCGCAGUGUGGCUGGCUCUCCAGCCUCAGGAGUACUGGGGACUGCCUGGGGGACGACUCCUAGGGCUGGGCGCCCAUGGGCCCUCCCCUGUUCCCACUGAGGCCCACGCAAGCCGGGCCUGAAGGGCGCGAGCGGCGUGGCUGGGGAGCUUGAGGGGGCGUUGGGCUCCCACCAAGCGCCAGAUCCCCUCGCGCCUCCAGCGCUCGCCCGCGCGGCUGGUUCAUUUGGGAUGCGGAGGUGCGACGGGUCCUCCGCGCCCGCCCGCCGCCCCUCCCGGCCCUCCGCAGCCUCGGCCCGCCCCCGCCGCAGAUAUAAAGCGGCCCAGGCGGUGGCUGCUCCGAGCUCCGACGCCGCCGCCCCCCAGCCAUCCCGCGUCCCCAUGGCCCGGUCCGCGACCCUGGCGGCCGCCGCCCUGGCGCUGUGCCUGCUGCUGGCGCCGCCCGGCCUCGCGUGGUACAAGCCGGCGGCCGGGCGCAGCUCCUACUCCGUGGGCCGCGCCGCGGGGCUGCUGUCCGGCUUCCGCAGGUCCCCGUACGGGCGGCGCUCUCAGCCCUACAGAGGGGCGGAACCCCUGGGCCGGGCCGGAGCCUCCCCGGAGCUGCAACUGCACCCCAGGCUGCGGAGCCUCGCUGUGUGCGUCCAGGACGUCGCCCCGAACCUGCAGAGGUGUGAGCGACUCCCCGACGGCCGCAGGACCUACCAGUGCAAGGCAGACGUCUUCCUGUCCCUGCGCGCAGCCGACUGCCUCGCCGCCUGAGCCCGGAACUCUCCUGGCACCAAUGGGGGCCCCCCCGUCCCCACCGUCCCACUCGGGGACCCCAGCCGGCGCGGGAUGGCGCCCUAGCUCUCCCCUACUCCACUCACCCCGCAGUUAAUGGCAAACGAAUAAAUAAAUGAGGCGGC